CUGACAAGCCCGAAAGUCAUUUCCAACCUCAAGUGGACUUUGUUCCAACUAUUGGGGGCGUCGCUCCCCCUCUUCAUGGUCGCGGGCAAACUUCCUCCUCGGCGCCGCUUCUAAUGGAGCCCCACCUGCUCGGGCUGCUCCUCGGCCUCCUGCUCGGUGGCACCAGGGUCCUCGCCGGCUACCCAAUUUGGUGGUCACUGGCCCUGGGCCAGCAGUACACAUCUCUGGGCUCACAGCCUCUGCUCUGCGGCUCCAUCCCAGGCCUGGUCCCCAAGCAACUGCGUUUCUGCCGCAAUUACAUCGAGAUCAUGCCCAGUGUGGCCGAAGGUGUGAAGCUGGGCAUCCAGGAGUGCCAGCAUCAGUUCCGGGGCCGCCGCUGGAACUGCACCACCAUAGAUGACAGCCUGGCCAUCUUCGGGCCCGUCCUGGACAAAGCCACCCGCGAGUCGGCUUUCGUGCAUGCCAUCGCUUCAGCUGGCGUGGCCUUCGCUGUCACGCGCUCCUGCGCCGAGGGCACCUCCACCAUCUGCGGCUGCGAUUCUCAUCAUAAGGGGCCACCUGGCGAAGGCUGGAAGUGGGGCGGCUGCAGCGAAGACGCCGAUUUCGGGGUGCUAGUGUCCCGGGAGUUCGCAGACGCGCGUGAGAACAGGCCAGAUGCUCGCUCGGCAAUGAACAAACACAACAACGAGGCAGGCCGCACGACCAUCCUGGACCACAUGCACCUCAAGUGCAAGUGCCAUGGGCUGUCGGGCAGCUGCGAGGUGAAGACCUGCUGGUGGGCCCAGCCUGACUUCCGUGCCAUCGGGGAUUUCCUCAAGGACAAGUAUGACAGCGCCUCAGAGAUGGUGGUGGAGAAGCACCGGGAGUCCCGAGGCUGGGUGGAGACUCUCCGGGCCAAGUACGCGCUCUUCAAGCCACCUACCGAGAGGGACCUGGUCUACUAUGAGAACUCCCCCAACUUUUGUGAACCCAACCCAGAGACGGGCUCCUUUGGCACCAGGGACCGGACUUGCAAUGUCACCUCCCAUGGCAUUGAUGGUUGUGAUCUGCUUUGCUGUGGCCGAGGCCAUAACACGAGGACGGAGAAGCGGAAGGAGAAGUGCCACUGCAUUUUCCACUGGUGCUGCUACGUCAGCUGCCAGGAGUGCAUCCGCAUCUACGAUGUGCAUACCUGCAAGUAGAGAGCCAGGACACUGGGAAGGGGUCAAGUGUGCGGCUGGGCAGAUUCACCGAAGUC